CAAAUGGAUUACAGAGCGAACUAGAGAGAGAGAGAGAGAGAGAGAGAGAGAGAGAGAGAAAAGGAGAGAUAGAAAGGGAGUGUUAGUGUAGGAGAUGUUAGAAGUUAUAUACUCUGCUUUGAGCUGAAGAAAUUUCUGUGUCUUGAGGUUGUUUCGUUGUUGUUCUUUUUCUGUGGGGUUACUUUGCUUCAAUCCCUUAGCUUCUAUGAGUGAAAGAUUUUGAAGCUCUCUGUGUUCUUAAAAGGGUUUUCUUUUCUCUUAUAUUUCUUCACUGGGUUUUUCCAUCUCUUGUCGUUCCUUCCUUUCCUGAUUUUUCUUGCGGACGACGAAAAUCCCAAAUCUAGCCGUUCGAAGUAAAUUUGUCGUUUCUUUUUAACAUUUUUCUUUCCGGGUAUGAAAAUUUUUGUGGUAUUAUAGUUGGGGAGAUUAAUUUUUGGGUGUUGGUUGGUACUGGGUAAGGUUUAAAGUUUUGGCAUGGCUUUGGGGUUUAUUUGAACUUGUUGUGUUUAGUAGCGUAUAAUUCUGGUGUUUUCUUGAAGAUGAAAAGGCUACUGGGGUUGUUCGUCUUGUUUGUUGUGGUUCCAGUGUUGGUGAGAUCUCUGAACCCACCUUUGAACGAAGACGUUUUGGGGCUGAUUGUGUUCAAGGCCGACAUUGAAGACCCUGAAGGGAAACUCGCCUCGUGGAAUGAAGAUGACGAUAACCCAUGUAAUUGGGUUGGUUUAAAAUGCAACCCCAGAUCCAAUAGAGUUGUUGAGCUUAAUCUUGAUGGCUUCUCACUCAAUGGCAGGCUUGGUCGUGGUCUUCUUCAAUUGCAGUUUCUUCGUAAACUCUCUCUUGCGAACAACAAUCUUACUGGAAAUUUAAGUCCCAAUAAUGCUCGCUUUGAAAAUCUUCGAGUGGUUGAUUUAAGCGGCAAUGGGUUUCAUGGGAUGAUUCCGGAUGAUUUCUUCCGGCAAUGUGGGUCGUUGAGAGUAAUCUCUUUGGCUAACAACAAAAUUUCAGGGAAAAUCCCGGAAAGUUUGAGCUCUUGUUCCAGUCUUGCUGCUGUAAAUUUAUCUUCUAAUCAGUUUUCAGGUUCAUUGCCGUCUGGGAUUUGGUCCUUAACUGGGCUUCGAUCUUUGGAUUUGUCUGAUAAUAUUUUGGAAGGUGAAAUUCCACCGGAGGUGAAGGGUAUGAAUAAUUUGCGAGCUGUUAAUUUGGGGAAGAAUCGGUUUUCUGGACAGAUCCCAGAUGGCAUUGGGAGUUGUAUGCUCUUGAGGUCUGUUGAUCUCAGUGAAAAUUCUUUCUCCGGCAACGUUCCGGCGACAAUGAAGAAGCUUAGUUUAUGCAGUACUCUUAAUUUAAGAAGGAACUUAUUUCAAGGGGAGGUUCCUGAAUGGAUUGGUGGAAUGGAAGGCCUUGAAAUCUUGGACCUUUCAGGGAAUAGGUUUUCUGGUCCUAUUCCAAGUUCAUUUGGGAAUCUUCAAAAACUGAAGGUUUUGAAUGUUUCCGGAAAUGGUUUAACUGGUAGCUUGGCAGAGUCCAUAGUUCCAUCUCAAAACCUUUCAGCUAUGGAUCUCGGUCACGGUUCUCUCACCGGUGUUCUUCCGGCCUGGAUUCUGAAGCUGGGUUCGCAAAAUGUAUUGCCUUCUGAUAUCAAAAGAAGCUCUCUUUCUACAACUGUGGGAAAGGCUCUUGUUAAUCUUCAAGUUUUAGAUUUGUCUCACAAUGCAUUUUCUGGUGAAAUUUCACCUGAUAUUGGGAUAUUAAGUAGCUUGCAGGUGUUGAAUCUGUGUAAGAACUCAUUUGUUGGUGCUAUUCCGGAGAGUAUUGGAGGCCUGAAGGCCUUGGUUUUUCUUGACUUGAGUGAGAACCAGUUGAAUGGAAGCAUUCCCGAAACACUUGGCAGAGAUGUAUCUUUGAAAGAAUUGAGACUGGGGAAGAACUUGCUGGAGGGUGGGGUUCCAAAUUCAGUGGGGAACUGUUCUUCACUUGUAACUUUGGACGUAUCGGAAAACAGAUUAACUGGCUCCAUACCAGCAGAAUUGUCUCAACUGAUCAAUCUUCAAAUUGUGGACUUGUCAACAAACAAUCUCAGUGGUGCAUUGCCAAAACAGUUGGCUAAUCUUCCUAACCUUCUUUUGUUUAACAUUUCUCACAACAAUCUGCAAGGUGAACUACCUGCAGGUGGGUUUUUCAAUACAAUCUCCCCCUCCUCUGUAGCUGGAAAUCCUUCUCUUUGUGGUUCUAUUGUCAAGAGGUCUUGCCCAGGUGUCCUUCCAAAGCCCAUUGUUCUCAACCCCAACUCAUCUUCUGACGCGGGUUCUACUUCAUUACCUACAACUCUUGGUCACAAAAGAAUCAUCCUCAGCAUCUCUGCACUCAUUGCCAUUGGUGCAGCUGCUGUUAUCCUCGUCGGUGUAGUUGCGAUCACUGUCAUUAACCUCCAUGUUCGGUCAUCUGCGAAUCGUCCUGAAGCAGCCAUCACGUUUUCAGGAGGGGAUGACUUCAGCCACUCCCCAACUACGGAUGCUAAUUCUGGCAAGCUUGUCAUGUUUUCAGGAGAGCCUGAUUUCAGUACCGGUGCACAUGCUCUCCUUAACAAGGAUUGUGAGCUUGGCCGUGGCGGAUUUGGAGCUGUUUACCAAACUGUUCUUCGUGAUGGACAUCCCGUUGCAAUAAAAAAGCUCACUGUUUCAAGUCUAGUCAAAUCUCAAGAAGAGUUUGAAAGGGAGGUUAAGAAGUUGGGGAAAGUUAGGCACCAAAAUCUUGUGGCUUUAGAAGGUUAUUACUGGACUCCAUCUCUGCAGCUUCUCAUAUAUGAAUUUGUGUCUGGAGGGAGUUUGUAUAAACAGCUUCAUGAAGGGUUGGGUGGAAACAUCCUCUCAUGGAAUGAAAGGUUCAACAUAAUCCUCGGAACUGCGAAAAGCUUGGCACAUUUGCACCAAAUGAACAUCAUCCACUACAACAUAAAAUCAAGCAAUGUACUGAUUGAUAGUUCGGGGGAACCUAAAGUUGGAGAUUUUGGCUUAGCAAGAUUGUUACCGAUGCUUGAUCGGUACGUGCUGAGCAGCAAGAUACAAAGCGCACUAGGAUACAUGGCACCUGAGUUUGCCUGCAAAACGGUUAAGAUAACAGAGAAAUGUGAUGUGUAUGGAUUUGGAGUUCUGGUUCUUGAAGUGGUAACAGGGAAGAGACCUGUGGAAUACAUGGAAGACGACGUGGUGGUACUUUGCGACAUGGUUCGGCGGGAGCUGGAAGAAGGUCGGGUGGAGGAAUGCAUUGAUGGGAGGCUCCAGAGGAAUUUUCCAUUAGAAGAGGCCAUACCAGUAGUGAAACUAGGCUUGAUAUGCACAUCUCAGGUGCCAUCGAACCGACCCGAUAUGGCAGAGGUUGUUAAUAUAUUAGAGCUUAUCAGAUGUCCAUCAGAAGGCCAAGAAGAAUUGGGAUGAAUCCAGUUUGGUUUCUUAUUACAAAUCUCUACAAAAGGGAUUCAACACAGGUCACUCGGCGAAGAAGAAUCCGGUUUGUUCGAUCAAUCGUUUUAAGGUAGAUGAAAACAUCAAAAAAUGUUGAGAGUUUUCUGUUACUUUUUUCCUUUUGUUGUAGCUCUAUUAAUGCCUGUUGUAUUUAGUAGUUUUCUUCUUGUGUAUGUUUGAGUUUUCCGGAUUCCUCUUCACCGGGUUCCACUUUGGAUCCCCCCAUCGAAAAUCUUUAACCUCUCACUUAUCUUUUCAUAUUUGUCUAUUUAUUUCAAGAUCAAAGUUAGUAGAUAAAUUGGUAUAAAACUCAGGCAUACCUACAUUUUGUUA